AAAACUACAAUGGUUCAAUUACUCCAAUCUAUCUCUUCUGUCUUGGCUAUGCUCUUGGUUGUUCAAGCUGUCUCUGUUGAUGACAAGAAGGCUUCUGAAAGUGAUACUCGUAUUGUUGAAAUGGCCAAUGUUGAACCUGUCUCCUACCAAGACCAAAGUUGCCAGCAAACCCACACUUGCUUUGGUAUUGCUUACGGUAGCAAUUAUGCUUGUAAUCAUGACUACAAGUACAGUUACCCUGUCGCUGGUGGUAAAAAAGCCUGUGAUGGUUUUGCUCUUUACUCUUACAAAUGUUGCGGUAUCAAGAAGAAGACUUGUAAGUGGUCUUACUGUACUGGCUUUCUUGUCACUGGUGCAAGUACCUGUAAAGAAUAUGGUUCUGAAUGGGAAUAUGAUGGAAAAACUAGAUCAGAUGAUUGCUCCUUUAGCAAGAGCCAGGUUGAAUGUUGUAAAUACGAAUGAUAAGCUUCUUCGUGAAACAAAGUACCGUGCGGAUUAAUUGUCUGAUAUCAAUAAACGCAGUAUCUAUUUUUUA